AUGGAGCAGUCUCGACCAAUCAUGUGGCGUGAGCUUGCCAAACAGGUUCCCGGCCGAUCGAAUAAAGAUUGCCGUCGACGCUGGUGGAAUACCUUGGGUGGUGGUACUGCCAAGGGACUGUGGUUAGAGGAGGAGGACAAGCUACUUACCGAGGCAGAUGAGCGGCUGCUACACGAAGUCCUCACAAAUAGCAUCAACUGGUCCGUUAUAGCGACAACUCACAACCCCCGAAGGACAACACUAUCCCUUAAAAACCGAUACGCGACUUUGCGUUUGAGACAUGAAAAGAACGCCAAUGGGAAGCAGUCACCACAGGAGCCGGGAGAAUCGAGUCAGGAUCUGAUGGACCAGGCAGACGACGAUGAAGACCGGGGCGAUAGUGGGCAGAACGACGAGAGCGGGGAUGAGUACAAUUACGACGACAUUCCGGAUCUUCCCCCCAUAACAGGCUCUAGCUCUAGCUAUUCGUCAAUGCUUCCUGCAACGCCGUUGGAUUGGAUGGAUGUAUUCAAUCAAACUGGGGAAGUCCCAUCCGCCCCGCUUACCAGCACUGUAGUGCCGGGGGGAGGAUUAGUGACGCACUUUGACCUGGGAGCAAUAUCUGAAGAGAUGGGAAACCGUCCGCUUCUAGAGUCUUUCGGCAUAUUGCAUGUCUGCAGUACGACGGUUUCGGCGAGCCCCCUUGGACAACACCCGGCAGAGUCCGUCUUUGAUUAUGUCAUCGUUGGCAGUGGCCCCGGGGGCCUGACUUUAGCAAAUCGGCUUACAGAAAACCCAAAGGUAUCAGUGGCAGUCAUUGAGGCUGGUACAUGGGCCGAGGAUGUGGUGGGAAAUCUCAGCGCUGUGCCUGGCUAUGGCGGCAAGUAUCUCCUCAAGAGCGUCAAUUCAAUUCCGACUGCCAUUGAUUGGGACUUCGUGACUACACCACAGGCUGGCAUCAAUAAUCUUGUCGUCCGCUACCCGCGAGGAAAAGUGCUAGGAGGAAGCUCCAACCUCAAUGCCAUGGCUUGGGGUGAAUCGAGCCGCGGGGCCUUUUCCAAAUGGGCAGCCGAGGUUGGUGACAAGUCCUUCACCUACGAAAACAUUGCCCAGUAUUACAAGAAGCCCGUGCGAUUCACGCCGUAUCGAGCCGGGACUCGUUUUGCCAAUGCGACCCCAUCCUAUGAUCCUGCCGAGGUUGGCCAUAGUGGGACUUUGGACGUGACAUAUCCCGCUUACGCGUACAGCUGGACAACAUGGCUGGCGGUUAUGCUUGAAGCUGCGGGCAUGCCAGCACAAAAUGCCUACAUUGACGGUUCCCUCAACGGAUCAGCGUGGCACAUGUCCGCAACUAACCAGACAACCGGGAAGCGGUCCUCUGCGGACACGGCAUACCUCCGUCCAGUACUGGGUCGGCGCAAUCUAGUCGUCUUUCAGAAGACGCUGGCAGAGCGGAUCCUGUUCAGUCACGGCAACAUGGCAACUGGGGUGCAGGCGAGCUCAGACAACGCAAAGUUUACCCUGCACGUGAGAAAAGAGGUCAUUGUUGCUGGUGGGGUGUUUCAAUCACCACAAAUACUCCAAGUUUCUGGUGUUGGGCCAAGAAAACUGCUUAAAAAGCACGGCAUCCCCGUCGUAGCGGACCGGCCAGGCGUGGGUCAGAACAUGCAGGAUCAGAUUUUCGCGGAUAUUGUCUACCGUGUCAAUCUUCCAACGGGGGACACACUAGGCAUUACAGAGGCCGAUAUUAUCGCGUUCAAUACCAAUGCCACUGGGCCUCUGACUAACCCUGGGGGCGAGUAUGGCGGUUUCGAAGACAUCCCCGCGGGUUUACGAUCAGGGCUCUCUCCUGGGACCUUGAACGGUCUAGAGGCCUAUCCAUCGGACUGGCCGGACAUCCAGUACCUCACCCUCCCCAGAUUCCUGGGUGACCUAGGUACCACGCCUUCCCCAGACGAUGGAAACAACUACGCCAGCCUGAUGGGAAUCAUAAUGAAGCCACAAUCGACUGGAUCUGUAUCUAUUUCCUCGGCCAGCAUGCACGACCCACCUAUCAUCAACCCUAAUUGGAUGACGACGGACGCCGACCUCGAAGUUAUGGUUGCUAUUUUCAAGCGGAUGCGGCAGCUGUGGCGGUCCCCGGUCAUGAAAAACAUCACAAUCGGGGAUGAGGUCUGGCCUGGAUCCAGCGUGGAAAGUGACAAGGAGAUCAUCGCGUUCCUACGAGAGACGGUGAGCCCUAUGUCACAUGCAACUUCGACUUGUAAGAUGGGGAAGAGGAGUGACCCAUUAGCGGUCGUUGACAGUAAGGGAAGUGUGAUUGGAGUAAAGAACUUGCGUGUCAUCGACAGCUCUGCGAUGCCGUUCCUGCCGGCUGGUGGAGAGCCUCAGUCUGUCGUCUACAUGCUAGCUGAGAAAUUGGCGGACACGAUCAAGGCCGAGUGGUAG